AUGUACAGAGAGGCCAUCUUUUCCGCGAUACGGAUCGUGGACCGAGUCUGGCAAGUAUUCCAGAAAAGAAGGGCAAAAAAGCUCCUCGGUGACGAUAGUCACAUGGGCCCCCUAAGAUCGGUCCGAACCAUGCGAAGAAAGAGUCUUCCAGUGCUGGGCGGAGUAAUGCGUAGGGAUAUCGGCAUUCCUUGUUGGAAAUCUCCUUCGCCAUCUGGCGGACGUUUCUCUGAGGGUCUCCCAACUGUCGUUCUGCAUAUCGGCGGGACACUGAGCAACGCGAGAAGCGCCAGGCCCAAUGGAAGGAUGAAACCCGACAAUGUUCGUCGGACGCGCCAGCACUGGGGUGGACUUAUGACAUGUCAAAGCCAAAUUGCCAGCGACACAGCGCACGCUCGGUCUCAAACGAAAGCGCGACCAGUCUUGUUUGGGCCGGGCAGUGGUAAUUAG